CAUGUCCAAAAACUGUCCCAGCCAAUCAUAUGGUGGUGAUAAGAAGAAUGACAAAAAGGACAAAUUCGAUAUGGACAAAUGCUUCGAAGUGGCCUACGAGGCUAUACGCAAGGCCACGGAUAAUGUAAUGGCAGCCAUAAAACUUGAACAGCCGUUCAAAAGCGUAAAGACCACACGGGAUCUGCUGACUAAAUGGGAUACUGAAAUAGAGAAGAUGCUGAUGUGUUCAAUCAAGGCUGAAUAUCCGAAUCAUAAAAUUAUAGCCGAGGCGAAGCAGAACCGACAUCAUUGGAAAGGACCAAAGAUGACAGAUGAACCCACUUGGUUCAUUGAUUCUAUAGAUGGUACCAGAAAUUUUGUGCACGGUUUCCCCUAUGUGGGUUUAACGGUGGCAUUCUUUGUGAACAAGCAGCCCGAGUUUGGCAUUAUGUGGAACCCCCUGAUCGAUCAGUGCUUUGCCUCACGACGCGGUCUAGGGACAUAUAUGAAUGCCGAGAGGAUCCAUGUGACCAAACAUUCAACUCUGGCCGAAGCGCUGGUCCUACACGAUCUGGACACCAAUAUGGACCAACUGCCAGAGGCUUUGGAGAACAUCUCCAGAGUCGCGCAAAUAGCGCAUGCAAUGCGAAGUCUGGGUUCAGCAGCCGCCAGUAUGUGCAUGAUAGCCCGUGGACUUGCCGAUGCAUACUAUAAUUUCGGCUGUCAUUGUUGGGAUAUAGCGGCGCCCAUGCUGAUCGUCCAGGAAGCCGGUGGUGUGGUGUUAGAUCCUUCACUUAAACCGGUUGACAUCAUGUCGCGUCGUGUCCUGGUCGCCGCGACCCCACAAUUGGCUGAAGAGCUAUCUAAACAGCUCGUGGCAAUCGAUAUUUCGCCGAAAGGCGAAGCUGCCUGCUCCAAAACACAGGAGGAUUAGCGAAAAGUAGAUUAAAAAGCCCGCGCGAUGUAAAAUACUCCUAAAUGUAAUCUAAAUUUAGUCAAAACUAUUUUCCUUUAUUAAACAAAACGUUUUAUUCACAAA